AUGAAUAUAAAUGAUAAAUUAUGUCUUGCUGAUAGGACUACAAAAAUAAAUGAAUACUUUUAUAGAAGCAUUGUUGGUGGUUUGAUGUAUUUUAACUCAUACUUUUCAGUUAGUUUGAUUUCAAAGUUUAUGCACUCACCAUUUGUUCAUCAUCUUAGAGUAGCAAAAAGAAUACUUCAAUAUGUGUGUGGCACUAUAAUUAUGAAAUUCUAUAUCAACAUGUUGCUUAAUUUAUUUUUCUGAUUAUUCAGAUAGUGAUUGGGUAAAUUCCAUUGAUGACAAAAAAAGUACAAGUGGUUUUGUUUUCAGCUUUGGUUCAGGUGUAAUCUCAUGGAUUUCUAAGAAACAAGAAUCUACAGCAUUAUCAUCUUCUGAAGCUGAAUAUAUUACUGCACCAUUGGCUGCACAACAAACAAUAUAG